UUUUAAAAAUUAUAAGUUGACAUCGAUAUCAUUUUGAAAUGUCAUUUUUGGAAACCUGAAUUUUUUAUAUAUAUAAUUUGAGAUGGAUCGUCCGAAAAGCCAAAAUUCUGCUGGAACAGACAACAAAGAGGAAGCCCAUGGAGCAACCACUUCAAAAUUGCCUUCGUCCAAGCCAGUGUCUUCGUCUCAUAAUAUGAACGAUUUGAAGAUGUUCGACUUUAAUUCUGCUGACGAGAUCAGAUCUUCACGGAACCACACGACGGGGCUAACAAAAAAUACCGCCCCUAAAUAUGCGCCGACGGUUCGUGAAGCCUUCUCCUUAAGGCAAGCCAUGAAAGCUAUGCUGUCAGGCAACAAACUGCAAAACUCUGGCGACGAAAUGAAAACUCAGUCAACAAAAGCUGAUGGACAGAAUUCUAUAUGUAAUGCCAAUAAAGAAGCCGCAGGACAUGUAUUCAAAAUAGUGAAAAGCAAGGAAGAUUUUCGCUCGUUCUCGAACAAUGUCAGGAAGAAGAGGCCCGGCCGGCCCCCCAAUGCCGGUCCUUCGAAGAAGACCAAAAGGAACAGCGUGACCAACUUGUUUGUUGGCAAAUUGAAAAAUGUCGUUAAAUUCAAACACUGCGCAUCUGAAAGCGAAUCUGACGAAUACAUAUACUAAUCGGAUUUUUUAA